AUGUCUUACAGCGAUAACCAAUACGGCGGCGGCGGCGCCAGCAACAGCUACUACAACAACAACGAGGAUUUCUCCGGCCGUAACAACAACAACUCCUACGGUGGAUCGGGCGGCGGCUACGGCUCCAACGAGGGCUACGGCAACCAGAACCAAGGCUACGGCAACAACAACAACAGCUCCUACGGUGGAUCCGGCGGUGGCUACGGCUCCAACGAGGGCAACUACGGCCGUCAGGAAUCCCACGGAAGCUACGGCAACAACUCCUCCAACCACCACUCCAACUACAACGACGACAACGACUUCAGCGGCGCCGCCAUGCACGCACAGGAACACCACAGCAACGAAGAUACGUCCCUCUUCAGCAGUGCUCUGAACUUCCUGAAAGACCGCAAGAACGACGACAACGACGUCGACGAGGAAAAGGCGGCUCAUGCCCACCAGGCCAUGUACGGCUCUGGCUCGUCGAACCAGCAGCAUGAUUCCAACACUGUUGGUGCUGGCGCUGCUAUGCAGGCUUUGAAGAUGUUUGCUGGUGGCAAUGAGAGCAGCGGUAGCAGUGGUGGUGGUAUGGAUAAGAAUAAGCUUAUUGGGCUUGCUAUGGCUCAGGCUGGGAAGCUGUGGGAUGAGAAGAAUGGUUCUGGGGGUAAUGUGUCUGGUGAUAAGCAGUCGGCUGUUAACUCGGCUGCUGAGAUGGCUCUUAAGAUGUACAUGAAGAACCAGAUGUCCGGUGGUGGGUCUUCUGGUGGUGGUGGGCUUAUGAGUCUUGCUAGCAAGUUCCUGUAA